AUGUGCGGCAUCUUCGCCUGCCAUUGCCACCCAGAUGUCUCCAAGUUCAAGUCCACCGCGAUCCGCAUGGGCAAGCAAGUCCGCCACCGCGGUCCCGACUGGAGUGGCAACCAUACAGCCAACAACACCAUCCUCGUGCACGAGCGCCUCUCCAUCGUCGGCGUCGACACUGGCGCCCAGCCUAUGCUCAACGAAGAUGCCUCUAUCGCCCUAGCCGUCAAUGGCGAGAUCUACAACCACAAGAUCCUGCGCAAACGCCUGCGCAACCCCUACCCCUUCAAGACGCACAGCGAUUGCGAGGUCAUCAUUCCGCUGUACCAGGAAUAUGGAAUCGAUGCGCCCAAGUACUUGGAUGGGAUGUUCAGCUGGGUGCUGCAUGACAAGAAGAUGGACAGACUGAUCGCUGCGCGGGAUCCGAUUGGAAUUACAACUUUCUACAUGGGACGAUCGAGCACGACGCCUGACUCGGUGUACUUUGCGAGCGAGCUGAAGUGCUUGCAUCCUGUGUGCGACGAGAUCAUAAGCUUCCCGCCUGGUCAUAUUUACGACAGCAAGACGGACUCUUUGACAAGAUAUUUCACCCCGAAGUGGUUGAUGGAGCCGUCGUUGGUGCCGACGAUACCGCUGGACUUGACACUGCUGCGGGAAUCGUUUGAGAGGUCGGUGAGGAAACGACUGAUGGCAGAGGUCCCGUAUGGUGUAUUAUUGUCUGGCGGGUUGGACAGCUCGCUGGUGGCAUCGAUCGCGCAACGAGAGACACUGCGGUUACAGAAGGAGUACGCGCGACAACAAGCCUUCCUCAACUCCGGCGCCAACACCCCACAAGUCAAUGGUAACACCAACGGUCAAAUGCCCGUCACAGACUCCAACGGCAACCCCGUAGAAGACGACCUCGCCGGCAUUGACGAAGACUACCACCUCUCCUCCGUCCCCGUCCUUUCCCAACUCAACAGCUUCUCCAUUGGCUUACCCGGCUCACCCGACGGCAAAGCAGCAGCUGAAGUCGCACGCUUCCUCGGCACCAAACACCACGCACUCACCUUCACCAUUCAGGAAGGUCUCGAUGCCCUCUUCGAUGUCAUCUACCACCUGGAAACCUUCGACGUCACCACGAUCCGAGCCUCCACACCCAUGUACCUCCUCUCCCGCAAAAUCAAAGCCAUGGGCGUGAAGAUGGUCCUCUCCGGCGAGGGCAGCGACGAAGUCUUUGGCGGCUACCUUUACUUCCACGCCGCACCGGACAAGAAGGCCUUCCACGAAGAGACUGUCCGCCGUGUCAAGAACCUCCAUCUCGCCGACUGCCUGCGCGCCAACAAAUCCACCUCAGCCUGGGGCGUCGAAGCCCGCGUGCCCUUCCUCGACAAAGAGUUCCUCGAAGUCGCCAUGAACAUCGACCCGUCAGAGAAGAUGAUCACCAAAGACCGAAUAGAGAAAUACAUCCUCCGCAAAGCCUUCGACACCACCGACGAACCCGGCGCGAAACCUUACCUCCCCUCCAACAUCCUCUGGCGCCAGAAAGAGCAGUUCUCGGACGGCGUCGGGUAUGGAUGGAUCGACGGGUUGAAGGACGAGGCGGCGAAGAAUGUCAGUGAUGAGCAGAUGAAGGAGGAGAACAUGAAGCGGGACAAGCCCCAGUGGGGCGACGAUUUGCCGGAUAGCAAGGAGGCGUACUGGUAUCGGUGCAUGUUCGACGAGCAUUUCCCGCCUUACUGCGCGAGCACGGUCAUGCGUUGGACGCCGACGUGGAGCAAGCAGAGUGAUCCUAGCGGGAGGGCGAUUGCGACGCACGAGCAGGCUUAUAAGGAGAAGGCUUAG